UGACGACGCAGUGGGAGGAUAUAGACAACCCAGCCUGACUGGAGGAUCUAGCCUGAUUCGAGGAUCUUGCAGAGUGCAACCAGCAGCUGCGCGCUGCGCACACCUUCGUCAUGGCGACGCACAACUUUGAGGCUAUGGCCUCGAAGCUAGAUGACCCGAGCUCUGAUCUUAGGACAAAAGAGAAGCUUGUGGUUGAGAUACGAGACAGCAUCGAGAGCUACUGCCAGGGUGUGCAGUAUGCGCAAUUCAUGAAUGCUUUAGUACCAGCAUUCCUGAAGAUCCUCGAUGGCAACCCAGUCUUCAUAUCCACAUCUCCAGAACAGCGAAUACGGAACUGCGUACUCGAGAUCCUUCACCGACUACCUAUGACCCCCGGCGAUGCUAUCGAGCCCCAUGCGGCAAAGAUCGUAGACAAGCUUAUGAGCCUUGUGAAGCUGGAGAACGAGGAUAAUGCGGUGCUUUGCAUGAAGACCAUUAUGGACUUUCAGCGACACCAGACGAAAGCACUGCAAGAUCGGGUGCAGCCUUUCCUGGACCUCAUUCAGGAAAUGUUCGAGACCAUGGAGCAGGCUGUACACGAUACAUUCGACAACGCCGCACCAGCGCCAGCGUCGCAAGGCGUGCCUUCCACGCCGAGCAACCACCAAUACUCACAAUCUCCACGGCCGAACUCGCCCGCUACCGCCCUCACAUCAGGUUCAGCCGGCGACUUGGGGCAGGAAACUCAACAAACGCGCAUGCUGUUGAAGGGGAUGCAGUCCUUCAAGGUGUUGGCAGAAUGUCCGAUCAUCGUAGUGUCGCUCUUCCAAGCGUACCGCAAUUGCGUGAACAAGAACGUUAAACUUUUUGUUCCCCUAAUCAAAAAUGUGCUGUUGCUGCAAGCCAAGCCGCAAGAGAAAGCUCACGAAGACGCAAAGGCACAGGGCAAGAUUUUUACCGGGGUCAGCAAAGACAUUCGAAACCGCGCAGCGUUCGGCGAUUUUAUCACGGCACAAGUCAAAACCAUGAGCUUUCUGGCGUACUUGCUUAGGGUGUAUGCGAACCAACUCAACGACUUCCUGCCUACGUUGCCUGACAUCGUCGUGCGACUACUCAAGGACUGCCCUCGUGAAAAGUCUGGGGCGCGUAAGGAGUUAUUAGUGGCGAUUAGGCACAUCAUUAACUUCAACUUUCGAAAGAUCUUCCUCAAGAAGAUCGACGAGCUGCUGGAUGAGCGAACUCUGAUUGGGGAUGGUCUCACCGUGUAUGAGACGAUGAGGCCACUUGCAUACAGCAUGCUUGCAGAUCUUAUACACCACCUUCGAGACUCGCUAUCGAAGGAACAGAUCCGACGCACCGUUGAAGUUUACACCAAGAACCUACAUGACAGCUUUCCAGGUACAAGCUUCCAGACCAUGAGCGCAAAACUAUUGUUGAACAUGGCGGAAUGCAUUGCCAAACUGGAGCCGAAAGAGGACGCUCGAUACUUCUUGAUCAUGAUCCUGAAUGCCAUUGGGGACAAGUUUGCGGCUAUGAACCGCCAGUAUCAUAACGCGGUAAAACUUUCGGCACAAUACAGUCAGCCUUCGAUUGAUGCCACAGACGAGAACCACAUGGCCGUACAAGAACAGCCUCCUGAUUGGGACGAGAUCGAUAUCUUCAACGCGACACCAAUUAAGACAUCGAACCCGCGAGACAGGAGCUCGGAUCCGAUUGCAGACAACAAGUUUUUGUUCAAGAACCUGCUACAUGGGCUGAAGAACCUGUUCUACCAGCUUCGUGCUUGUAACCCUCAGAAGAUCAAGGAAGAAAUUGACGUUGCAAAUGCUUCAGCCAAUUGGCACGAAGUCUCGUUUGGCUACAAUGCCGAAGAAGUCGAAGUGCUCAUCAAGCUCUUUCGCGAGGGUGCUAAGGUCUUCCGUUACUACGGCACCGAGAAGUCCUCUGAGACGCAGGGACUCUCACCAGGCGAUCUUAUGGGCAAUCAACACAUGAUGUCGAGCGGUAAAGAGGAGAAGGAACUGCUCGAGACGUUUGCAACCGUGUUUCACCAUAUCGAUCCAGCGACUUUCCACGAAGUGUUUUCCUCCGAGAUACCCCAUUUGUACGAUAUGAUGUUCGAUCAUCCGGCGUUGCUCCAUGUUCCACAGUUUCUGCUCGCUUCAGAAGCAACCUCUCCCAGCUUUUCUGGAAUGUUGUUACAGUUUCUCAUGGACCGGAUCGAAGAAGUCGGUACAGCAGAUGUUAAGAAGUCGUCGAUUCUGCUGCGACUCUACAAACUCUCAUUCAUGGCAGUCACGCUGUUCUCCCAGCAGAACGAGCAAGUCUUGCUACCGCACGUCAGCAAAAUCAUCACAAAGUCAAUACAGCUGUCAACCACUGCUGAAGAGCCGAUGAACUACUUCUUGCUUCUCAGGUCCUUGUUCCGAAGCAUUGGUGGUGGCCGGUUCGAGCACUUGUAUAAGGAGAUUCUUCCCUUGCUAGAGAUGCUGCUAGAUGUGCUCAACAACCUACUGAUUACAGCCCGCAAGCCAGCAGAGCGUGACUUGUUUGUGGAGUUGUCGCUUACGGUACCGGCACGAUUGAGCAACCUUCUCCCGCAUCUGAGCUAUCUGAUGAGGCCACUUGUCGUAGCUCUACGAGCAGGGUCGGACCUGGUCGGCCAGGGCCUGCGAACACUUGAGCUGUGCGUUGACAACCUUACCGCGGAUUACUUGGAUCCCAUUAUGGCACCAGUAAUCGACGAGCUCAUGGCAGCAUUAUGGGAGCAUCUUAAGCCGAACCCCUACAGCCAUUUUCAUGCGCAUACUACAAUGCGAAUCCUUGGUAAGCUUGGGGGUCGGAAUCGAAAGUUCAUCACCGGUCCUCCCGAGCUAAAUUUCCAGCCUUACUCUGACGACCAAGCAUCUAUCGACAUUCGACUCAUCGGCUCUACUAAGGACCGCGCUUUCCCUGCUGUCAUUGGUAUCGAGGCCGCUAUCGCAAAACUCCACGAAGUGCCUAAGACGCCGGCGUCUAAGAAAUCGGACACCUUCCACAAGCAGCAAGCAUUCAGACUUAUCACUGCUCACACGAAGCUCAUGAUCGGCUUCGACACUUUGCCAGACGACUUUGCGCAGCUUGUCAGGCUUCAAGCGAACGAUCUCUGUAACCAGAAGUUUGACGUUGGCGCCGACGUACUGGCCGCGCCGGAUCGUGAAAAAUCGAUUUCAAAGAAGACUGUCGAGCGGGAAACGCUGAAGAAGCUCCUGAAGGCUUGUAUCUUCGCUGCCUCGGUUCCAGAACUCAAAGAUGACGCCGAGCCACUCGUCACGAAUCUUGCAAAGCAUUUCACUUUGUUGGAGCUUGGAAGCCACUUUGCGAUAUCAAAGCACAAGAGCAGACCUUUCGAAGUUCAUUUGGGAGAGGGACCAGUCAUUAUAGAGAGCGAGGUCAUAGCCGAUGCUAUAGGCGACUCGCUUGCCUCUGAACACCCAGAUGUUCGUGCCGCAGCAGAGCAGGCGAUCCUGACGAUGCGAGAUGCUGCCAAGGCCAUCUUCGGUAGCGGUGAUAAACUCGACAAAUUCCCGUUCUUCUACGAUCUGGCGAGCACGUUCUGUCACAACUGUCAUGCCGAUGACUGGUUCAUGAAGUCUGGUGGCACUCGCGGUAUCGAGAUAAUCAUCAAGAAAUCGGGUCUCGAUACCACAUGGAUGGUGGCGCGACAUUUCGAGCUCAUUCGCGCAUUGAACUUCGUCAUGAAGGAUAUGCCAAUCGAUCUUGACUCAAAGACACGGAUCCAGGCAGAAGGACUCAUUGAGGACCUCAUUCGGCAGUGCCACAAGCCAACGACAAAAGAAGAUUUUGAGAAAGGCAACAACAUCACCAUGAGGCUCUGCGGGCAGCUUGUCGGAGACUUGUCGCACAUGAACAAAAACGUGCGCGACGCAACACAGAAAGCUUUCCAAGUCCUCUCCGAGGUCACAGGCCUGGGUGUACACGAGCUCGUCGCGCCAGUCAAGACACGACUGAUAGUACCAAUCUGGACCAAGCCUCUGCGCGCAUUGCCUUUCAGCAUUCAAAUUGCGUAUAUCGACGCGAUUACCUUCUGCCUGAAGCUCAAGAAUGGCAUACUAGAGUUUAAUGAUGAGCUGACGAGAUUGCUCAUGGAGUCGUUGGCUUUGGCUGAUGCGGAAGACGAAGGACUCGCCAGUAAGCCGUUCGAGCAGCGUAACGCAGAGCACAUCAUAAACCUCCGUGUUGCAUGUGUAAAUCUGCUGUCCACUGCGCAGACCUUUCCUGAGUUCAACACGAACCCGCCAAACCAAACAUUCAUACGGAUCAUCGCUGUCUUCUUCAAAUGCCUUUACUCGAAGUCGUCAGAAGUCAUCGAAGCUGCGAACGUCGGCUUAUCGGGUGUUAUAACGCCAACGACUAAGCUACCAAAAGAUGUGCUGCAAUCUGGGCUGAGGCCAAUUCUGGUGAACCUGCAAGACCCUAGGAAGUUGACUGUAGAGAACCUGGAUGGUCUUGCUCGUCUCUUGAAGCUACUUACGAACUACUUCAAGGUGGAAAUAGGUUCUCGUCUACUGGACCACCUUAAGAGCAUUGCAGAUCAGAACAGUCUGCAGAAGAUCUCAUUCACAAUGAUCGAGCAAAACCCGAAGAUGAAAAUCGUUACUGGCGUCUUUAAUGUCUUCCACUUACUUCCUCCGGCUGCUGUUACAUUUCUGAAGCAGAUCAUCGAGAGGGUCAUUGAGCUCGAGAACGGUUUGAGAAGGACGCACUACAGCCCUUUCAGAGAGCCUCUGAUCAAGUAUCUCUGUAUAUAUCCGAGCGAGACUUGGGCACACUUUGUUCCAAACCUCAAGGACCAGACGCAAGGCCGCUUCUUUGCACAGCUACUUGAGGACCCUAGGAGCAGUGCGUUACGAACGCAGGUCUUGGAGGACGUUCCUAGCUUCCUAUCGGCUUUCCAGUUUGAGGGUGCUGAUAAGGACAUCUGUCAGGCUCAACUCAACGCCAUUCACAUUGCAUACGCCCUGAGUCAAUUUGAGGAGACGAGCAAGUGGCUGGUGGACCACAAUGACUUGCGAAAGGGCUUAUUCGAAGCUGGCAGGUCCCUGGAAAAGAAGCUUCGUCAGAACCAGAUAGAUCCCGAGCUUCGCCUGGCCACAGAACAAGCUGGUGAUCAGAUCAUGUUCAUUUUCACAACGUAUCUCAAACACAAGCCUGAUGACCUGGAGUUCUUCUUUGAGCUCAUUGAUACCGUUACGUCCGAGGAGCUGAAGGCGUCGCCACGCUUGUUCGAUUUCAUCUACGAGCAGGUCGUCUCCAGUGAAUCCGUCGACUAUUGGAAAACCCUGAUCAACAAGUGCAUCGAUUUGUACACGUCUCGCAGCUCGUCGCAGAAGACCAAAACUUUCAUUUUCCAUUACAUCGUUAAUCCAAUCUUCGCCAUGGAUGUCAAGCGUAACUGGGACAGCCUGUUCGACCAGAAGAACGAAGGAACCAAACUGAUGGACAAGAGCAUGACCGAGGCCAUCCACAAGCGAUUGUGGUUACCACAGUCUCUGACAGAUACUUCCGAAGAAACUGCACAGCUUGGUGUUGAUCACUCUAGGAUGGAAUUGCUCCAGCUGACAACUCUUCUGCUCAAGUAUUACUCCGGUAUGAUUGAGGAGUUCAGAAAAGACGUCAUCAAAUUCGGCUGGAACUACAUCAAGCUGGAGGACAUCAUAAACAAGUAUGCUGCGUAUGUCCUUGUAGCCUUCUUCAUCGCCGUGUACGAGACACCAAAGAAGAUUGCGGCGCAUACCUACCAGUCAUUGCUGAAGGCGCAUCAGAAUGAAGGCCGUAGUUUGGUCAUGCAAGCUCUUGAACUCAUGGCACCCGUGCUCCGCAAGCGAAUGGGUGGCGGUGAGAGGAUGCCGCUUUGGAUUCAGCAUCCUCGCAAGAUCCUCUCCGAGGAGAGCUCCAACCUGCAGCAGCUCAUGAGUAUUUUUAAUUUCGUUGUGCGCCAUCCAGAUCUCUUCUACGAAGGUCGCGAGCACCUGUCGCCCAUCAUCAUCACAGCGUUAUCGAAGAUAGCUCAGCCACCCAAUCCAUCGACUGAUGCGAAGAAGCUAGCUCUUAAUCUGAUCAGUCUGAUCAGAAUGUGGGAGGAACGCACGGCGACCGAGGCAGCCGCUGGCGGGGAGCGAAUGUCGAUGUCACCUACAGCAGCAAAGAGAAGGAUAGACGGGACUGUUGUUACCCACGGCAACGUGCCCAAAGAAUUUGUUGCUCACGCACCUACCCGCAUGAUGCUGAUUAAGUAUCUCAUCCAAUUCGUCGCCUAUCUGCCGGAGCGCUUCCCAGUCAAUUCACCGAAGCCAAAGGACCUUACUGUGGCUGUGCCUAACACACCUCAGCCCGCGGAGAUCUGUCGUAAGGCUGUUCAGUUGCUGUAUGAUCUUCUCUCACCGCGCCUCUGGAACGAUUUGGACUUGGCUGCCAUGCUUUCAAAGAAAAUUGAAGAAAUUCUCCUCGCUGAGAUGAAGCAAGAUGACAAACCCGAGGUCUUCAACACCAGGAUGAUCAACACUCUUCAGAUUGUCAAAGUCAUCGUCAACGUGAAGCCCGAUGAGUGGGUCCUGGAACGGAUCCCAAUAUUCCAGAAGAUCCUGGACAAGGCGCUCCGUUCGGAGAACUCAGAAGUCCAGGCAAGCCUACAUGCAGUGGAUGAAAACGAAGAUGGGUCCAUGAAGCUACAGCCGACAUUGAAGCGUAUUCUGGGCGUCAUGCCGGAGCCGGUGACCGACGAAGAAGGCAACACCGAAGAGUCGACAUCGACCGAAUUCGUAAAUUUCCUUGGCACGAUUGCAACAGAAGCGCUAUCAAAUGGAUCCUACAUCUGUGCCAUCAAUAUCUUGUGGACCCUCUGCCAGAGGCGGCCCGAAGAGAUCGAUCAACACAUCCCACAGGUCAUGAAAGCGUUUCAGGGCAAGAUGGCUAAGGAUCAUCUCGCCGGCCACAGUGGUAGCCCAGGGCAGGCGGUGCCCCCAGGUGUGCGAUCGGAAGGUGCCAAUCCGCCAACAGAUCCACGUGAGGUCGAAAUCCAGACGGACCUUGUCCUGAAAACGAUUGAUAUUCUUGCAGCAAGGAUGAACGAGCUAGGUGAGAAUAGGAGACCGUACCUCAGCGUACUCGCGUCCUUGGUGGAACGGUCGCAAGUCAACUCAGUGUGCAUGAAAGUCCUCGAUCUGGUUGAGAACUGGGUCUUCCACUCCAAUGAGCCGGUCCCGACGCUGAAGGAAAAGACUGCUGUACUGAGCAAGAUGCUGCUCUUCGAACACCGACCGGAUACGUCACUCCUCACCCGCUUCCUCGACCUAGUCAUUCGAAUCUACGAGGAUCCAAAGAUUACUAGAAGUGAGCUUACUGUUAGGAUGGAGCACGCUUUCCUCAUCGGAACCAGAGCACAAGACGUUGAAAUGCGCAAUCGCUACAUGGCCAUCUUCGAUAAGAGUUUGAGUCGCACAGCGGCUAGUCGCUUGAGCUAUGUACUGGCUUCACAGAACUGGGACACGUUGUCGGACUCGUACUGGUUGAGCCAAGUCAUCCAUCUCAUGUUCGGCUCCAUCGAGAUGAACAGUCCUGCUGAGCUACACGAGGAAGACUUCAAGCUUAUGCAGCCCUCUACCUUGUUCGGGACCUACAGCAAAGAACCCAGGAUUGGAGACGUGAUGGUGGACGAUGAUCUGGAGAGCCUCAUCAGCAGCCACCGUCGGUUUGUCAGUCAACUUGGAGACGUGAAAAUCAAGGACAUCUUCGAGCCGCUCGGCCACUUGCAACACACGGAUAACAAUCUUGCGCAUGACAUCUGGGUUGCUCUCUUCCCACUGGCUUGGACUGCUUUGACCAAGGACGAUCAAAGUGAUCUCGAAAAGGGCAUGGUUGCGCUACUUACCAAGGAUUUCCACAACAGGCAGCUCGAUAAGCGCCCCAAUUGUGUCGCUACUAUGCUCGACGCUAUCGUACAGGCGAAGCCCAGAGUUAAGUUUCCUCCUCAUAUCAUGAAGUACUUGGCACAGACGUACAACGCUUGGUACACGGCCGCUGUCUACAUGGAAGAAUCAGCCAUCUCACCUGUCGUUGAUGCUGAAAAGCUGAGAGAAAGCAACCUCGAUGCUCUUUUGGAGAUCUAUAGUGGCCUGCAAGAAGACGACCUAUUCUACGGUACCUGGCGUCGACGAUGUCAAUUCUUGGAGAGCAAUGCCGCGCUUUCGUACGAACAGUGCGGUAUCUGGGACAAAGCUCAGCAGAUGUACGAAGCAGCACAGAUCAAGGCGCGGACCUCAGUACUGCCAUUCUCUACAGGAGAAUACAUGCUAUGGGAGGACCACUGGGUCAUUUGUGCACAGAAGCUCCAACAGUGGGAGAUCCUGAGCGAUUUUGCCAAACACGAGAAUUUCAACGAUCUCUACUUGGAAUCCACAUGGAGAAGCUUCGAGGCCUGGCAAAAUGCCGAGACCCGCGAGCAGCUCGACACGACUAUCAAGGCCGUCAGCGACGCACCGACACCUCGACGAGUCUUCUUCCAGACUUUCAUGUCGUUACUCAAGCUUCACGCAAAGCAAGAGUCCCCACCUGAGUUCCAUAGGUUGUGCGACGAGUCGAUUCAGCUCUCCAUCCGAAAAUGGCACCAGCUCCCCCGUCGCAUAACACAAGCUCACAUUCCGUUAUUACAACAUUUCCAACAGCUUGUUGAGCUCCACGACGCUAGCGUUAUCUGCCAGAGUCUUGCACAAACGACACAAGCCAACCUCGACAUGAAAUCUCAGGAGCUUAAGCUGCUCCUCAGCACUUGGCGCGACCGCCUGCCGAACUUUUGGGAUGACAUCAACGCGUGGCAAGACCUCGUGACUUGGCGCCAGCACAUCUUCCAGUUGAUCAACGGAGUAUACCUCAAUCUACUGCCGCCGAACCAGAACAACGCAAGUGGAAACAGCUUUGCUUACAGAGGUUACCACGAGACUGCGUGGAUCAUCAACCGCUUUGCCCAUGUUGCACGGAAACACAACCUGCCUGAAGUCUGCAUCAAUCAAUUGGGCCGCAUCUACACGCUUCCUAACAUAGAAAUUCAGGAAGCGUUCCUCAAGCUGCGUGAGCAAGCGAAGUGUCAUUACCAGAUCCGGGCGGAUCUGAACAGCGGCUUGGACGUGAUCAAUAACACUAAUCUCAACUACUUUGGUCCACAGCAGAAAGCGGAGUUCUACACACUGAAGGGGAUGUUCCUAGCCAAGCUUGGUCAGAAGAGCGAAGCUGGCGAAGCGUUUGGUACCGCACUGUACUUCGAUAUCAAAUUGCCGAAGGCUUGGGCGGAGUGGGGAAGAUACAACGACAUGCUUUUCAAGGAGGAGCCACAGAAUCUGGAACGUGCCGAAGCGGCGCUUAGUUGUUACCUCGAGGCUGCCAGCCAGUUCAAGAAUGCGAAGAGCCGGAAGCUGCUUGGACGAGUCUUGUGGCUACUCAGCUUAGACAACCCGGAGCGUAGGCUGGCAGAGAAGUUCGAAGAGUUCAAGGGUGAUACCCCGGCGUGGUAUUGGAUUACCUACAUCCCGCAACUGCUCAACAGCCUCUCUAGGCAGGAGGCGCCUAUUGCCAGAUCUAUCCUUGGCAAGUUGGCGAAGACGUAUCCACAAGCGCUCUACUGUCACCUCAGGACAACGCGCGAGGAUAUGGUAGUACUCAAGAAGCAACACGAGCAGAAAGAGGCCAAGGAGAAGAUCGCACGUGCCGCGAAGGCAGCACAACAAGGCAACCAGUCUUCACCAGCACCCAAACAAGGCUCGCCCGAUGCAAGACCUGGCUCGAGUGGCAAUCAGAAUGCUGCUACUAACGGCGAUGCUAAACCUGCUGUUCAGACAAGCACGCCAGGUGGCACAGUCAAGACCGAAGCCAACACUCAAGGCAGCCCUGCUGCUGGCGGCGCACCGACUGUUGAGGUCACACCUCCAGCGCCCAAGAAACCUUGGGAUCAUGUUGAGGAAAUUAGUGCUAUCCUCAAGACAGCUUUCCCGCUACUCGCUCUCUCAAUGGAGACAAUGCUCGACCAGAUCCACAAGAACUUCAAGUGUCCUCCCGAUGAGGAUGCUUACCGUCUGAUUGUAGCGCUACUGAACGAUGGUCUUAGUUACGUUGGGCGUCAGCCAACAUACUACGCUCGUGACACGAAGCUUCCAUCAUCCACAGAGGGCAAUAUCACCCGUUUCGCUGAGUCGGUGCUUCCCGCGCACAUCAGGAAGUCAUUUGAAUCAGACUUCAUCAAGGAUAAGCCCACUAUGUUUGAGUAUAUCCAAAAGCUUCGCACCUGGAGGAACCGAUUCGAGGAGCGUCUCGAUCGCAGGAGGCUCGUUGUUCCACUCGAACAGUACACGCAUCAACUCAGCGAAUUCCGAUUCCUCAAGUUCGACGACGUCGAGGUACCCGGACAAUACUUGCUGCACCGAGACAAGAACUCUGACUUUGUCCGCAUCGAGCGAUUCCUAUCUGAUGUCGAGCUUGUCCGCGGUGUUGGCGUUUGUCAUCGAAGGAUCAAAAUCCGCGGCCAUGACGGAAGCACACAUCCCUUUGCUAUACAAUUCCCUACAGCCAGAAACUCAAGGCGUGAGGAGCGCAUCAUCCAGCUGUUCCGUAUCUUCAACGGCAUCCUUUCCAAACGUAAGGAGAGUCGCAGGAGGAAUCUGCAGUUUCACCUGCCCCUGAUGGUGCCCAUCACACCCAGUGUGCGUCUGAUAUCGGAUGACCCUUCGAUCAUAAGCUUGCAAGGCGUCUAUGAAGACCAUUGCAGGAAGAACGGCGUGAACAAGGAUGAGCCGAUUCUGUUCAGCAUUGAUAAGCUCAGGGCGCUUAAUCCUAAGAAUUUGGAUCAAGCGAAUAGCAUUCGUCUCGAGACCUUUUCCGCCGUCCAAGAGAAAUACGUGCCCAACACAGUCGUUCAAGAUUACUUCCGCGCGACUUUCCCCGCCUUCGACGACCUGUGGCUUUUCCGCCGCACGUUCUCCUACCACCUCGCUGCCCUGACCUUCAUGACCUAUGUCAUGCAGAUGAACUCUCGGUUCCCGCACAAGCUUCUCAUAUCGCAACAAUCCGGCCGUGUCUGGGGUUCUGAGCUGAUCCCUAGUAUGGCAGCUGGCAAGCCCAUCAUGCACAACUCAGAACCGGUGCCGUUCCGCCUCACACCCAACUUGCAAGUCAUGCUUGGCCCGCUCAACCUCGAAGGCAUCUUCGCGCCUGCCGUGAUGACAGUCGCCAGAUGUCUUAUCGAGCCCGAAGGCGAACUUGAGAUGCAGCUCAGCAUCUUCAUGCGCGAUGAGAUGAAUCAUUGGUUCACGAGCCAGCAUAAGAUCAGCGCUCUGACACCCGAUGUUCUCCGAGAAAGUGUCCAGUCGAACUCGGACGUCGUCGUGAAGAGAGCUAGCAGCAUUGGAAGCCAGCCGAGCGGCGCAAACCUGCCGGCGAACCAGACUAUGGUUGACUUGGUCAGCUCUGCAGUGCAUCCACAGAAGCUGGCUAUGACAGAUCCAUUGUGGAUGGCUUAUCUAUAAGGAGGUAUUUUGUAAGCAUUUUUACGGGAGCUGGAGUCCGGAGCAUGUCGGGAAAAAAAGGGUGGUUCUAUCUGAUCACUGGCGCUAUUCAUUUGUUAGCUUUGUCUUGGUUGGUCUGUACCUCCCUCA